CGGAAUUUACAAUCCGCUGUGUUGUUGGAUGUUGAUAGUGCGAAGCAGUACAGCUUAUUUUCACAUAAAUCUAGCAAAAUGAUCGAACAACAGAAGCAACGCAUUGAGAUGGAGAUCACUAAACAGCUGGAUGAUCUUGAUCGUAAUGUAUUGCGUAAAAUGCAAGCUGAUAUGCACGAUUGUGCGGCAAGAUGUUGCAAGGAUACGGCGUCCUCGAUGGAUACGGUGCAGCAGUGUGUCGAGCGAUGCUCUAUUCCCGCUCAACGUGCCCAACAACAUGUGGAAACGGAAAUAAACUCCUUCAAUAGUCGCCUGCAGCGUUGUGUAAUGGAUUGCAAUGAUACAAUCAAGGACAAGAUGGGGUCGAAUCCAUCGGAAGGUGAUAUUGCUAAAUACACAGCCGAGUUCGAAAGGUGUGCUAUCAAAUGCGUUGACAAGCAUGUAGCAAUCUUGCCAAAUAUGUUCUCCAGCAUGCGAAAAGUUCUGCAAAGCAGAGCAUCAUCUUAAGCAGCGCUAUUGAAAGGGAGAGAGAUCUAUAACUAUACCACCUGCAUAUGCAUUGCAAUUGUGCAUUUAGAUGGUAAAGCAGAUACGGUGUAGCUAAGAAGAAACUAGCAUUUGUACAGGGUUAGAAAGAACCAAAAAGUGUAUCAAUGGUAAAUACAUAGUGUUCAAACAGCGCUAAGACGGUUGUUAUCGUCGUUUCAUAAUCUUGCACCAUAGCUAACGA